CGUCGUUGAACCGACGACUGUUCGUACGACGGUGGCAGCGCGGCGUUCAUCGAUGCGCCAUGCUGCCGACGCCGCUCCUUCCACUGACGAAGAGCCCGCACAAGGCAAAAAUGCCACCUCCUCACCAUAGCGACGGCCACUCGUCACCAUCUCCGCGCAAAGCAAAGCAGGUGCAAAAGUCGAACGAACUGCGCGGUCUCGAGUUCACAUCGAGAGACCAUGUGAACAUCCUCCCUGGGAACUACGCCGAGUGCCAUAGCAACGGGACGGGAACCCUUCAAGACAUGCUCUUGUUCGACCAGAAACUGAGAGACGCAGCACCAAUGUCGCAUUUGCUGCAUCCAAAGUUGGACCUUCGAGACUGGAUUGUGUCACCAGACAAGCCGCUGGGAAGCAACAUCGAACCUUCACUGUCCCUCUUGGCCUCCAACAAAGUCACAUUUGAAGUCCUAACAAGCGAUCGCGGACAGCGUGUCAUUUCAUCUCUCGUCAAACAGUGGGAAGCGGACAAGUAUUCGGACAAUGGACGGAAUUUGUGGGCCAUUGUCGAGACAUUCUUCUCGUCGUUGCCGUAUGUAUUCGUCCGCGAAGGCGACAUGCAUUCGAAACUCGUGCUUCGAUACGUGUCGGCGCUGUCAGCGCUAAAAGAAGUAAUCGUACAAGGCCUCUUCUGCUCCAACGUGUCGGCAUCAAUGGCAGUCACGGCAACACUGACCCCCACGCACCACGAGAAGAUCCCGCUUUACUGGUAUUGCCACCAACUCGAGCGAGAAGUCCAGUUGCUCAAGAAUUCAACAGCCGACCAGUCGUGGGAAAUGGUGCAUUCAUCCGACAUUGGUCUUCUCCAAGAAGCCACGGCCAGUGUACUGCUCAACUUUUGGAAACUACCCAAGCGCGAACGCAUGGCGUUCCUCGUCCAAGUCUUCAGCAACGUGUCCGAGAUCGAAACGGACUUGGUCCGCGUCCUUCUCGACAACAGCACGUACAUCCUCCACCGCGUUCUCGAAGACUUGGGGUUCGAAGCAAAAGCGACCAGUGCCACAAAAGGACCGCAAGCCAAGUUGUCCACGAUCGGGGCAGUCGUGUCCAUGUCGGUGCAAGCCAGCAAUCAAGCGCGCCAGCUGCACAAGUGGCGCAAGAACAUGCGAGACAACAAACCGUCGGGGUUGGAGCCGAUUCAAGUUCGUCACAAAGGAAUCCAGGUCAACGGCGGAAUCGAGAGCGACGACACGUUGGGCUGGUUGGAUUCGCCGCCGCCUCGCACCCCGACCAAACGCAUUCGUCGGUCUGUCAUCACGUCCGACAAGAGCUUGAAGCUCGUCCUGAUGCAGGACUACCAAGCUUUUGGACGAAAGGACCACCCGCACUUGCUCGCCAAGGACAUGUGGACAGUUAGCACGUACAGCGAAAACUUGAUGCACCACUUGCACGCGUUUAUCGAGUACUCGAAAGACACGGCGUCAGUACCGGCGGAAGUGGUGCUCGUUGCAACGAUGCUGUUGGAAUGGCUCAUGCAUGAAAAGCUAAAAGCCGCGUACCACGCAAAGGACAUGGCGGUGAAUCUCCUGGACAGCCCACAUUUCAAGGAGUGCGCGAUUUCUCUGUUGGACCUGUUCAAGAACCAGCUAGACAACCAAGUGCCUGACACCGUCAAAGCGCAUGCGGCGUCCAUCACCGACUUUCUACACCGGCGAGACGAUACGAGCGAUUCCAUUCCACGGCCAAAAGCCAUCGUGGAAACUACAAGUCCAAUCGCUCCCGUCCCCACUCCCGCCGACAUCCGGGCGUUCUUGCGCAAAGGAUUCCCGGGGGAUAUCGUGAACCAGAUCCUGAGCAUCUCGACCGAGGAAGGGGUGAAGGAAAAAGAGAGCAAGACAAUUCUGUUGAUCGAGCAGCUGGAACAUCACAUGAUGGGUAAACUGCAGAAACGCCCUGGGGCGCCCCCCACGGCUCACGAGACUGCACCGGCAACGCAAGAAGCACCGACUCCAACCGGGUUUGCGGAAUCCAUCACAACGACGUCGUCCCGGCGGCAAAGUAACAUAAACCAACUGCACGCAACGUCCACCGUCAUCAGGACUCUCACCGACCAAGUCAAGGCGCUUCUCAACGACGAACCUACCGACCAAACCAACGAACAAAAGGUGUCCGAAUUGCUCAUCGACUUUGUCACGUCCACGCAGAACAAACGCGGUGACGACGUUGGACUUGACCGAGUGAAAAUGCUCGACAUCGAGUCGCUGUGCAGCGUCCUGGAACAAAAGGUCGAGCUCGAACUCCAAGCUGGACCGCUCGACAAAACGACAAGAGUCCAUGUGGCAGCGCUACAAAAGUUCAUCAACAAGCUCGUGCCGGAGGCUCCAGUACAUGGAGCGUCGGCCAGGGCAGCUCCAAAGUUAGACAUUGUGUCGGAAGUUGCUCGACUGCUUGACGAGGCGCUGGCAAAAAGGAGCAGCCUUGACAAGGGAAUUCUCACUAUACUCGAAACGAUCCAAGUGGUCGUGAUGAAAUCUCAGACAAAACACAAAAGCGAUUCAGUGGACAGCUGCCUCAACUCGAUGAUUGCCUCGAUGCAAGUUACCGGAGAUGAAUACGUCGAGCCACUGUACACUGGUCUGGACGACCUUGCGACGAGCUUGAAGGCAAUUUUAGCAUCAAGCAACGACAGCAAAGUCAGAAGUUGUGAUGGCAAAAGCAGUGAUAGCUCAGGCGGCGAUAGAAGAAGCGGCGUGCCGUCAUCGACGGCCAUAACGUAUCGGCUACCUCCAGCACUUCUCAACAUCGACAGCGUCCUGAAUGACACUCGAGUCAGCGCAAUUCCGCGAUACAUCGUGGAUUUGUCUAACCAAGUCAAAGCCCUUCUCGACGAUAACACAAGUUCAAAAUCGCAUCCAGUCAGCGACAAGGACAAGGCAGCCAGUCCUCCAUCCCACCACGCGAGUGUCCGGGGUGAGGGCCAGAUGCAUCCGCCCACGCAACACCACUCAAGUGUGACCAACGAUUCGCAGCUCAUGCGUGGUCGCAGGGUCCCGGGGCUGUUCCAACAAGGGCUUCUGCCUGGCACGCUGUGGGAAAACACGCGACUAAAAAAGCCCAACGUCCUUGGCAUCUCCGUGACUGAAUUGUCCGAGAUGUUUGUCGAAAACAAGAGCGUGCUGAACGUCGGCACUGUUCACAAACUCAUCUAUCAAAUCUACUGCGAGCGGUACGAGUGCAACUUAACCGAACAAGACAACCCCAACACGACGGCAUUCAUUGAUUUUGUGUACGAUUGGUACUUGCGAAAGUAUGGAUUGCGCAAAUUGGCCAUGCAGCACUUGUCCAAGUUGCUCCUGUCGCUGAAGAAGCAGAAAAAGAAAAGCAAGAAGGCUCUUCUAUUCUGCCGAUUUCUCGGGCUCUUUCCACCUCUCUUGGAUUAUAGCGCCCUCAACUUUGCCCUGAGCCUCAUGAACGUCUGGACAAACGGAACGUUUGCCGUCCAGGCGACGGCAAACCCCGUACCGCUGUCGACCAUGCACAUGAUCUUGGACGAUGGCUACGAUCGGCGAUUUGGUCCGUUUUGCACGACAACGUUUGUGAAGGAGAGACUGGCGCGAAAUGCCAUGGCGGACGAUCCGACGUCGAUCGACCAAGACGUGGCGCUUGAAAUUGCCCUGGAAGAAUACGUGAAAAUGAAAACGAACGUCGAAUCGAUGCUGGAAGAUAUCUACACGGCAGGAGACAUUAACGGGGACGACAAGAUGGGGUUUGAUGAGUUUGCGACUGUUGUGCGCAAUUUGGCACCAUGUGUGUCGGAUCGAGAGAUCGUCAAGAUGUUCAAAGAAGCCUUGCUCGAUCCCAUGUUUGACACGAUAACCAAGCAGCGCUUUGUCAAUGUUAUCAUUGAUCAAGGGGUGCUUUCGAGCCGCGUGAACAAGUUUAAAGUGACUUCUGGUGCCAACAACUCGACAUCGUUUCCAGAAUACGAGAACGAGCAAUUUGAGCUCCUCGAAGAGUCCUGGAGGAGUCACGAAGCAGAAAUUGUCAAGGCAAUCGAGAGCAUUCCGCACAGCGAAACGUCAACGUCGCUGCUGCUGCGCGUGAAGAUUUUGAACAUGAUCAUUGCAAAACGCAUCGACUCCGAGACGGCGUGGCUUUCCCAUCGCAUGAUCCUGCGUGAUAUCCAUCGAUUCAAGGACCUGAACGAAGGGGCGAUCAGCGAGAUUAAGCAGAAGGAGGAGUACUUUAAGGAAGCAGUCACCCGCAUCAUGACGUCCAAAUUCGGCCUCUUUCGCGAUGCUCCCAAGCAAAACCAACCGCCGACAGCGAAAAUCGGUGACCGACCGAGCUCUGGAGUCGUCGACUUUGUACAACACAUGGACGAAAGCAAGGGAUGUGGAGAUAUAAAGGACGAAGACGCGUCGGACAUAGCGCGGCUCGAAGAGUCUUUGCGGUCGGAGAUGCUCAACAUGGCCAACGGGGCGAGCGAGAGCGUCCUCGAGUCCCAGCUGGACCUGUACGACAACGCGGUCAAGAAAGUCCGGCGCAUGAAUAUGUCGAAAGCUGCCAAAGCCGUCAAGAAGCUAAGCACUCUCAUGAAGAUGGCCAAAUUGGCCGGCUCUGCGAGCCCUUCGGCGGCCUUGACCGAAGAAUCCGAGACUGUGCAUGAAGACGACGAGGUCGUGUGACAGUUUCGAUCAUCCACGGAUACUUCCUUCGGAUGCUCUUAAGUACUACUGCUAGUAGUGUGCAAUAUAAGUUGAAUGGAGAUACGGUGA